AUGGAAUUGUUAAAUUAUGCUGCCACAGUAAUCCAAAAAACCUUCAGGGGAUUCCUAGCCAGACAAGCAGUGAAAUAAAUACGAAGAUUGAACUACUUCUCGUCAUUUGGUAUUGCAAUCCACUCAAUUAGAUCAUCAUAAUGAAUAUGGGUUUUGCAUUCAACCUCAGAAAUCAAAGAAAUCUACUCGCAAUACUCAAUCACUCGUUUAACCAACUAAAAGAAUGAUCAGAAGUGCUGUCUACAUUCAGAAAUGCUACCGAGGGUACUUAAGUAGAAAAUAUGUUUGCAAUUUUUACAGAUUGAAAUAGAUCGUGCUGUUUUUGGAAGGACACAUCCAUAAUUUCCUGAGGAAAGUAAAAUGAUUCUGAUAUUAGAGAAUUUAAUAAAGGAAAAUCCACAUCAAGUAAUUGAUGGCAUAAUGCUACAACUUUCAAACUCAAUGCAAAUCUAUUGCAAAGGGUCGAUACAAUUACAGCAAAUACAUGAAUCAAAAGCAAUUCGAUGAAGUCAAUGGUAUAAUAUUUACGUCUUUCUUGCAUCUCAUGAUACCCAACUUUGAAAAGAUGAAUUCUGAAUAGAAAUCUCAUUAUGUAGAUUAAAUCUUAGGAGUUGUUCAAUCGAAUCCCCCCAGGAAAACCAUGCCAACCUAGAUAAGUUCUAAGACUCCCUUGAAGUAGAGACACAUCAUUUAGAAUGUCAGUGUUUUGUCUUCUGAAGUAAUGACAAGUAAUGGUAGUUGCACUUCAAGCCAUAAAUCCAAAUCGAAUUUGACAAACGAAGAGUUCAAAUCAAUAUUAUAAAGAUAGAAUAAAAAACCAAAAUGAC